AUGGCGCCCAAAAUUUUUGUGCUAGGCAAUGUCAAUGGCCAGCUACAGACGGCCUUCAGCAAGCUCGCAGCUCUGCACGCCAAGAAUCAGUUCGCCUUUGCUAUCGUUACAGGUGACCUCUUUGCCGACGACGACGACGAGACUGUCUCGCAGCUCCUCGACGGACGUAUAUCAGUUCCAGUCUCUACCUACUUCACGGUCGGGACGAAAGCGCUGCCUGAUCGGAUUGUGGCCAAGAUCGAGAAAGAUGAGGAGAUUUGCGAGAACCUGCACUUCUUGGGCAAGCGUAGCAUUACCAAGACCUCGGAGGGUGUUCGAAUUGUCACACUGGGCGGGCGAUUAGACCCGACGAUUGUGGGAGGUCAAUCAAAAGAGCAGCAUCUGCCUUUUCACACGGCGGAUGAUGCCAAGGCGUUGCGAGGCGCGAAUUCUGCCGAUAUCCUGCUGACAACCGUUUGGCCCUCGUCAGUGUGGAAAGGCUCGAGCGUGACGCUCUCAGCAGAUACGAGCAGCAUACCUACUAGCGACGCGAUCUCCGACCUGGUGUUGGCCCUGAAGCCUCGAUAUCACUUCUCGCCCUCUCCGGGCGACUUCUUCUACGAGCGAGAGCCUUUCUUUCAUAAGAACAAGGAUGACUCCGACUCAAGCGUGGCGCUGACAAGGUUCUUGUCGCUGGCUACUUUCGGUAACGCUGCGAAGGCCAAGGCGAUGUACGCAUUCUCUCUUACGAAGGAAGAAGUCACAUCUAUCCCGCCCGGCGCCACUGCUGCGCCCUUCGUCGACUCCAGUGCGCCGAAGAAACGCCCUGCAGCAGAUGGCGGUUCCUACUCUAGGUUUGCAAAUGGGCACGACGACAGCUCUCGCUACAACCGGAGGAAGAAGAGAAGAGAUCGAUCGCCGCCGCCGGGCCCCGAUAGGUGCUUCUUCUGCCUGUCGAAUCCAAACCUGCCCACGCAUAUGGUCUGCAGUAUUGGAGAUGACGUAUAUGUUGCGACGGCCAAGGGCCCUCUUCCUACCCCGAUAACAUUCAGGGACAAAGGCCUCGACUUCCCGGGCCACCUCAUCAUGGUGCCUCUCACACAUGCCCCUACGAUAUCCGCGGCAUCGAUGACAGAGGAAGGCGUGGAUGGCGCCGAGAUGGCCGCCCGGACAUUCAAAGAGAUGACGCGCUUCCGCGAGGCUUUGCAGGCCAUGACGUCCUCUCGGACGAAGCGGAAGCUGGGUGCCGUGACGUGGGAGAUCAGUCGGGCACGCAACAUCCACACACAUUGGCAGUUCAUCCCUGUCCCGGCGGAUAUGGUAGCCAAGGGCCUCGUGGAGGCGGCCUUCCGCGUCGAGGCGGAGAACCUCAAGCUGCCGAAGCUCGAGGCCAAGGAGUUUGGCAGCAGCGACGAGGUGGAGGGCGACUACUUCCGGGUGUGGAUCUGGGCCGACGAGGACACCGACUCCGAGGAGGGCAAGAUCAUCGGCAAGUGCCUGCUGAUGCGGCUCGACGAGAACGUCCACUUCGAUCUGCAGUACGGACGCAAGGUGAUGGCCAAGCUGCUGCGCCUCGAGGAGAGGACGGUCUGGCAGAACUGCGUGCAGGACGAGGAAGAGGAGACGGCCGACGUGGCUGCUUUCAGGGAGGCGUUCAAGGAGUGGGACUUCACGGCAUAA